GUGGUUGCCUCUUUGAUGAACCAUACAGCACAUGUGGAUAUAGUCAAGCUGAAGAUGAUGACUUCAAUUGGGAACAGGUGAACACCUUGACCAAACCAACUUCCGAUCCAUGGAUGCCAUCAGGAUCUUUCAUGCUGGUGAAUGCAUCGGGGAAAUCUGAGGGACAAAGAGCCCACCUGCUCUUACCCCAGCUUAAAGAGAAUGACACGCACUGCAUCGAUUUUCACUAUUUUGUAUCCAGCAAGAGUAAUUCUGCCCCUGGGUUUCUCAAUGUCUACGUGAAGGUCAAUAAUGGGCCUUUGGGGAACCCUAUCUGGAACAUAUCUGGAGACCCGACACGUACAUGGAACAGGGCAGAACUGGCCAUUAGUACUUUCUGGCCUAACUUUUAUCAGGUGGUUUUUGAAGUGAUAACUUCUGGACACCAAGGCUACCUCGCUAUUGAUGAAGUGAAGGUGUUAGGACAUCCAUGUACCAGAACCCCCCACUUCCUGCGGAUUCAGAACGUGGAAGUCAAUGCCGGCCAGUUUGCCACUUUCCAGUGCAGUGCCAUCGGCAGGACCGUGGCAGGAGACAGGCUCUGGUUACAGGGCAUCGAUGUACGAGAUGCUCCUCUGAAGGAAAUAAAGGUGACCAGCUCCCGACGAUUCAUAGCUUCAUUUAAUGUUGUGAAUACGACAAAACGCGAUGCUGGAAAGUACCGCUGCAUGAUUCGCACAGAAGGAGGUGUUGGAAUAUCAAACUAUGCAGAAUUGGUAGUUAAAGAGCCCCCUGUUCCCAUUGCUCCCCCCCAGCUUGCCUCCGUGGGAGCCACCUACCUGUGGAUACAGCUCAAUGCCAACUCCAUCAAUGGGGACGGGCCCAUUGUCGCCCGAGAGGUGGAGUACUGCACGGCCAGUGGGAGCUGGAAUGACAGGCAGCCAGUGGAUUCCACGAGCUACAAAAUUGGACACCUCGACCCGGAUACCGAAUAUGAGAUUAGCGUGCUCCUCACCAGGCCUGGGGAGGGUGGCACUGGAUCUCCUGGGCCAGCUCUCAGGACAAGAACAAAGUGUGCCGAUCCCAUGCGUGGCCCAAGAAAACUGGAAGUAGUGGAAGUUAAAUCUCGACAAAUCACUAUCCGCUGGGAGCCAUUUGGAUAUAACGUAACUCGUUGCCAUAGUUAUAAUCUCACUGUUCACUACUGUUACCAAGUUGGAGGACAAGAACAAGUACGAGAAGAAGUAAGCUGGGACACAGAAAAUUCACACCCUCAACACACAAUCACUAACCUGUCACCAUAUACCAACGUUAGCGUGAAACUCAUCCUCAUGAAUCCCGAGGGACGGAAGGAAAGUCAAGAAAUCAUAGUACAGACAGAUGAAGAUCUCCCAGGUGCUGUUCCUACUGAAUCCAUCCAAGGAAGUACCUUUGAAGAGAAGAUAUUUCUGCAGUGGAGAGAACCAACUCAAACAUAUGGUGUAAUCACUUUAUAUGAGAUCACCUACAAAGCAGUCAGUUCCUUUGACCCAGAAAUAGAUUUAUCCAAUCAAAGUGGAAGAGUUUCAAAACUGGGAAAUGAAACCCAUUUUCUGUUUUUUGGACUGUAUCCGGGGACCACAUACUCCUUUACCAUCCGAGCGAGCACAGCUAAAGGUUUUGGGCCUCCAGCAACAAACCAGUUCACCACCAAAAUAUCAGCACCCUCUAUGCCAGCAUAUGAACUUGAGACACCUUUGAAUCAAACUGACAAUACGGUGACAGUCAUGCUGAAACCUGCACACAGCAGAGGUGCACCUGUCAGUGUCUAUCAAAUAGUUGUUGAGGAAGAACGUCCUCGAAGAACCAAAAAGACAACAGAAAUCUUAAAGUGCUACCCAGUACCGAUUCACUUCCAGAAUGCGUCCAUCCUGAACUCGCAGUACUACUUUGCUGCGGAAUUUCCAGCAGACAGCCUCCAAGCUGCAAAGCCUUUUACUAUUGGUGAUAAUAAGACAUACAGUGGAUACUGGAACACUCCCCUCCUCCCCCAUAAAAGCUACAGAAUUUAUUUCCAAGCUGCUAGUAGAGCCAAUGGGGAAACCAAAAUAGACUGUGUCCGAGUGGCCACAAAAGGAGCUGCCACUCCGAAACCAGUCCCAGAACCCGAGAAACAGACAGACCAUACAGUCAAAAUUGCUGGAGUCAUUGCAGGCAUCUUGCUGUUCGUUAUUAUAUUUCUCGGAGUUGUGUUGGUAAUGAACAAAAGGAAACUGGCCAAGAAGCGCAAGGAGACCCUGAGCAGCACCCGGCAGGAGAUGACCGUGAUGGUGAACUCGAUGGACAAGAGCUAUGCCGAGCAAGGCACGAACUGCGACGAGGCGUUCUCGUUCAUGGACACGCACAAUCUGAAUGGGAGAUCUGUGUCUUCACCGUCAUCCUUUACAAUGAAAACAAACACACUGAGCACAUCGGUGCCUAAUUCCUAUUACCCAGAUGAAACCCACACAAUGGCCAGCGAUACCAGCAGCCUGGUGCAGUCCCACACUUACAAGAAGCGCGAGCCAGCCGACGUGCCCUACCAGACUGGGCAGCUUCACCCCGCCAUCCGGGUGGCAGACCUGCUCCAGCACAUCACGCAGAUGAAGUGUGCCGAGGGCUACGGCUUCAAGGAGGAAUAUGAGAGCUUCUUUGAAGGGCAGUCUGCACCAUGGGACUCGGCUAAGAAAGACGAGAACAGAAUGAAGAACAGAUAUGGGAAUAUCAUUGCAUAUGAUCAUUCCCGGGUGAGGCUGCAGACAAUAGAAGGAGACAUUAACUCAGACUAUAUCAAUGGAAAUUAUAUCGAUGGUUACCAUCGACCCAAUCAUUACAUUGCUACCCAAGGGCCAAUGCAGGAGACCAUCUAUGACUUCUGGAGGAUGGUGUGGCAUGAAAACACUGCAAGCAUCAUCAUGGUGACCAACCUCGUGGAAGUGGGAAGGGUCAAAUGCUGCAAAUACUGGCCAGAUGACACAGAGAUAUAUAAAGACAUUAAAGUUACCCUAAUAGAAACAGAACUACUGGCAGAAUAUGUGAUAAGAACAUUUGCUGUUGAAAAGAGAGGCGUUCAUGAAAUCCGAGAGAUCAGACAGUUUCACUUCACUGGCUGGCCGGAUCAUGGGGUCCCCUACCAUGCCACCGGCCUGCUGGGAUUUGUCCGGCAGGUCAAAUCCAAGAGCCCACCCAGCGCAGGCCCAUUGGUGGUGCACUGCAGUGCUGGCGCGGGGAGGACCGGCUGCUUCAUCGUCAUCGAUAUCAUGCUGGACAUGGCCGAAAGGGAAGGGGUGGUGGACAUCUACAACUGCGUCAGGGAGCUGCGGUCACGGAGGGUGAACAUGGUGCAAACGGAGGAGCAGUAUGUGUUCAUCCAUGACGCCAUCCUAGAAGCCUGUCUUUGUGGAGACACCUCUGUCCCCGCUUCCCAAGUUAGGUCCUUGUAUUAUGACAUGAACAAACUGGAUCCACAGACAAAUUCAAGCCAGAUUAAAGAGGAAUUCCGGACCCUAAACAUGGUGACGCCGACGCUACGCGUGGAAGACUGCAGCAUCGCGCUACUGCCCAGGAACCAUGAGAAAAACCGAUGCAUGGACAUCCUGCCCCCAGACCGCUGCCUGCCCUUCCUCAUCACCAUCGACGGGGAGAGCAGCAACUACAUCAAUGCUGCCCUGAUGGACAGCUAUAAACAGCCUUCGGCUUUUAUAGUCACCCAGCAUCCUUUGCCAAACACAGUCAAAGACUUCUGGAGACUGGUCCUGGAUUAUCACUGCACAUCUGUCGUUAUGCUAAAUGAUGUGGAUCCUGCCCAGCUGUGUCCGCAGUACUGGCCAGAGAACGGAGUACACAGACAUGGCCCCAUCCAGGUGGAGUUUGUGUCGGCCGAUUUGGAGGAGGACAUCAUCAGCAGGAUAUUCCGUAUUUAUAACGCAGCCAGGCCCCAAGAUGGAUAUCGGAUGGUGCAGCAGUUCCAGUUCCUGGGCUGGCCGAUGUACAGGGACACACCGGUGUCCAAGCGCUCCUUCCUGAAGCUCAUUCGCCAAGUGGACAAGUGGCAGGAGGAAUACAACGGCGGCGAAGGCCGCACCGUCGUGCACUGCUUGAACGGAGGAGGCCGCAGUGGGACGUUCUGCGCCAUCAGCAUCGUGUGCGAGAUGCUGCGGCACCAGAGGACCGUGGACGUGUUCCACGCUGUGAAGACGCUGAGGAACAACAAGCCCAACAUGGUGGAUCUCCUGGAUCAGUACAAGUUCUGCUACGAGGUGGCCCUGGAAUACUUGAACUCUGGCUGACGGCGCAGCAGCCCCCGGACACGCCCGGUCACACCACAGAGCCACGGCGCUCCAUGGCGUUUGUGCGGAAGAGACGAAGACUUCUCAAUCUGCUUAUUUUGCUUUGCAUAAUUGGCUCUUUUUAAGAGCCCAGGAAAGUGUUUCUAGAACUGCUUGCACUGCCCAGUUCCCAGCCAUGCCGCUGCCUGGCAGAAACACGCGCAGCACACACAGUCGUCAGAUACUACUCCCCGUCGCCGGCUUGUUGGAGCAGCGUAGACAUCUGGUCAAUUGAAGAGCACAGUUAUAUUCUUAUGAAGGAAUUUGUACCUUUGGGGAAUUAUUUUGUGGCCUGUGAUCCUUUGUUAUUGUCACAGCUGAGUGUAUGUUUUUGUUCUGUGGAGAAUGCUCCCUGGCAUUAUGAUAAUAUAUUAUUUUAGGGAAUAUUUGUAUUUUAACAUGUUGCAUAAUAUAUGCUUCUGUAGCUUUCCAGGACUAACAGAUGAUGUGUAUUAAACAGAGAUA